UGUUAUAUAAGCAAUAGUAGGAAGAAAGCAUAGGCAUAGACAGACACAUGACACAUGACACAUAAUAGCAUAGCCAUGGCCAGCACAAAACCAUUGAUAUUGUUAACCGACCUAGCAUCCACCGUCGGAUGAAGAGUUACUCGGAUGAGGCAUGGAAGACAACAAGGCUUUCGACGAGUUUCAAUGUGAAGAGUGAGAGAGUUUCGAACUGGAGGGACUUCUUGAGACUCCACUGCCACCCCAUUGAGGAGUACAUUGAGGAAUGGCCAGCGAAGCCUUCAUCAUUGAGGGAAGAUGUGGCGGAGUAUAGCAGAAGGAUGAGGGGGUUAGCGGUGAAGUUGGUGGAGGCAAUAUCAGAAAGUUUGGGGUUGGAGAAAGAUUACAUAGAGAAAGCAAUGGGGAAGCACAUGGCGAUAAACUACUACCCGGCAUGCCCAGAGCCAGAGUUAACCUAUGGGUUGCCACCUCAUGCUGAUCCAAAUGCAAUUACCAUUUUGCUGCAAAAUCAGGUGCCUGGCUUGCAGGUUCUCCAUCAUGCCAACUGGAUACUGUCAAGUGUCAACCCUGUCCCUAACACCUUCAUCGUCAAUAUUGGCGACCAGAUUCAGGUGAUAAGCAACGACAGGUACAAGAGUGUGCUGCAUCGAGCAUUGGUGAAUAGUGAGAAGGAGAGAAUGUCCAUUCCAACGUUCUAUUGCCCUUCACCAGACGCAGUCAUGAAACCAGCACCACAACUCGUGGACGAUGAUCAUCCUGCGCACUACACAAGCUAUGCAUACGCUGAAUACUACACCAACUUCUGGAACAGAGGACUGUCAAAGGAAUCCUGCGUCGACAUCUUCAAGCUUCAAAACUAAACUAUUCCUUCCAUGCCCCACACACUUGUUCAUCUUUUCAUUUAGCUCAAACCUAGGUCUUUCAACAUUUUUAAGUUUAUUAAUUAGUAACUAGAUCUUUUUAAACACGAAUAAAUUUUUUUUAUAUGAUCAUGUCAUUGGAUUCUAUUUAUUCAUGUAGUAAUAAUCUUUCGUC